AUGGUGAUGGCGGUGCAGUGGUGGUUGAGUUAUAAUGGUAAUUUAGCGGAGGGCUAUCCGGAAGAAGAUCUUGUAACGAAGCUGCCUGGGCAACCCGAAGUGACGUUCAGACAAUUUGCUGGUUAUGUCGAUGUCGACGUCAAAGCUGGUCGGAGCCUCUUCUAUUACUUUGUCGAAGCCGAGACGCAACCCCACACUAAACCUCUGACCCUUUGGCUCAACGGAGGACCUGGCUGUUCUUCUAUUGGAGGAGGAGCUUUCACAGAGUUGGGUCCAUUUUACCCAACUGGAAAUGGUCGUGGCCUCCCCUCAAAUCUAUUGUUUGUGGAAUCACCGGCUGGAGUAGGAUGGUCUUAUUCGAACAGAAGUUCCGAUUACAACACUGGCGAUGCAUCCACAGCCAAGGAUAUGCUGGUGUUCAUGCUAAGAUGGUUCAAAAAGUUUCCAGAUUUCAAGACUCGACAACUCUUUCUCUCCGGCGAAAGCUACGCAGGACACUAUGUACCUCAAUUGGCAGAUGUUAUACUCCAAUACAACGCACGACGCUCAAAUGGAUUCAAGUUCAAUCUCAAAGGCAUUGCACUUGGGAAUCCGCUUCUGAAGCUCAACCGGGAUGUUCCAGCGACGUAUGAGUUCUUCUGGUCACACGGCAUGAUCUCUGAUGAACUCGGCCUCACUAUCAUGAACCAAUGCGAUUUUGAAGAUUACACCUUCUCAGGUUCACACAACAUAAGCAAAUCCUGCGAAGCCGCAAUGAGUGAAGCCGGAACCAUCAUCACUCGAUACGUCAAUUACUAUGACGUCCUACUUGACAUCUGCUACCCUUCCCUCGUCGAACAAGAGCUCAGACUCAAGAAAAUGGGUACACAGAUGAGCGUUGGUGUGGACGUGUGCAUGAGCUAUGAAGAACAAUUGUAUUUCACUCUCCCUGAAGUUCAAAAGGCUCUCCAUGCUAACCGAACUCAACUGACAUAUCCAUGGUCUAUGUGCAGCGGCCUCUUGAAUUACAAUUAUACUGAUGGGAACACCAACAUACUUCCCAUUCUUAAGAGAAUCGUCAAGAGCAAAAUCCCUGUUUGGGUCUUCAGUGGGGAUGAAGAUUCUGUAAUUCCAAUUCUCGGUUCAAGGACUCUGGUACGAGAACUUGCAGACGAUCUCGACUUCAACACAACAGUUCCCUAUGGAGCUUGGUUCCACAAAGGACAGGUUGGAGGAUGGGCAACAGAGUAUGGGAAUCUACUGACAUUCGCAACCGUAAGAGGCGCUUCUCAUAUGGUGCCGUACUCGCAGCCUUCACGAGCUCUGCAUUUGUUCACCAGCUUUGUGCUUGGCCGGAGAUUGCCUAACAAAACACCUCCUCCUCUUGUAGAUUGA